AUGGCUAAAUCCGCUAAGCUUGAAAAACGAUAUGAAAAGCAUUAUAAAAAUAAAAAAGUGAAAAAUUCAUUAGAUACCAUAGAUUGCUUAGAUAUAUCUUUUCAAUACAAAGAAAAAGAUAGACUGAUCUCUAGUAGUGAUGAAGCUUUUAAUGAUUUUGAGGUUAUUAUGAAGCCAGGAAAAGCUGAUCUCAUAUUAGGAAUAUCAUAA